CACAUUCGGCGCUGACAAUAGUCAUCCUCUGCUGCUGAUUUUGUUGUGUUGCUGAGAGGAUCUUGUACCCAUCGCAACCACUCCUCGACGACCCGAACCACGACCCGCCGUGUCACCGCCUUUUUCCAUCUUUUAUAUUUAGACGGUGCAGUAGAUACAAGAGGGGAGGGUGAGGAAGAGGCAGAGACAGCAAGUAAUCCAUAUUUGCUUUCUUGGUCUGUUGUUUUGUUUUCUCCUUGUUACGAAGACAAAUUUCAUCAUCCUUUAGGAGACCAAGCAAAAGCAUCAUCAUCCCUCUCCAAAAUCCGCCCCCUCCCUCCCUCUAAAAAACACGUAAUCACCAACCUUUACCACCUUUGAUCCAUUGCCUUUACCUUUCCUCGCCUCUUCUUUUUCCCUUUAUUCCCUGCCUAGUUGCUACUGCUACUCCUAGUGCUUUGCGAGCAGCGAGCAUUUUGUUGCUUGUACACUCCGCUCACACACGGCACUGCCAUUGCACCACCAAGAACCCGACCGUAGGUCAGUCAGUAGGCAGCAGGUAGCAACACGCCAAGAGCAUGAAGGAGUUCUCCUACCAGGAGAUCGAGGCGGCGACCGGCGGCUUCGCGGCCAAGAACGUCGUCGGCAAGGGCAGCCACGGCUGCGUCUACAGGGCCAGGCUCAGGUGCGGCGCCGGCCACGGCAGGAGGCUCGUCACCGUCGCCGUCAAGAAGGCCUCGCACCCGCAGGGGGAGGCCAAGCUCGCCAACGAGAUCGCCGUGCUCACGGCCGCGCGCCACCACCCGGGCGUCGUGACCCUCGUCGGCGCGGUGGCGGCGGCGGGGCGGUCGCCGCUUCUCGUCAUGGAGUUCAUGCCCAACGGCUCGCUGCACGACCUGCUGCACCGGUCCCCGAGGCCGCCGCCGUGGCCGCGCCGCGUGGAGAUCGCGCUCGACGUGGCGCGGGCCAUGCGCGCGCUCCACGGCGCCGCGCCCCGCAUCAUACACCGGGACGUCAAGACGGCCAACGUCCUGCUCGGCCGCGACGGCCGCGCCCGCCUCGCCGACUUCAGCCUCGCGGUCAGGGUCGCCGCCGCGGGCGCGCCGAGGCCGGCGCCGGCUGGCACGAUGGGGUACCUGGACCCGAGCUACACGGAGCCCGGCCGGCUGGGGCCCGAGAGCGACGUGUUCAGCUUCGGCGUGGUGCUCCUGGAGCUCAUCAGCGGGCGCAAGGUGAUGGACGUGAACGCCUCCCCGUCGUCCAUCGUCGCGUGGGCGCUGCCGCUGAUCGGCGCCGGGCUGGCGCGCCAGGUGUUCGACGGGAGGGUGGCCGCGCCCGCUCCCGGCACCGACGCCGAGGCCGCGAUCGCCAGGGUCCUGUCCGUGGCCGCGCGGUGCGUGUCGGAGAGCGUGGAGCGCCGGCCAGCGAUGGCGGAGGUGGCCUCCGAGCUGCGCGGCGCCCUGGAGAGCGGCGGGUGGCACCGCCGCGGGAGGGACGUGGUGGACAGGGUGUGCAGGCGCGUCGUGUCGUGGGGGAUACAACUGCGCGUGAAGACGACGCGGAGGAGCAAGGUCGAGUGCACCGAGCUGUCGGGGUCGUCGGAGGGGGGCGGCGCACCAAGCCGCGCGGACUCGUGCCAUCUACCAUCGCGGUCCAACAGCAUACGAGUCAGAUAGGCUGACCCAGCAAAACUCAAUGCUUUAGGUGCCCGUUCCAGAAUAUUUUUUCUACAAACCGUGCAAGAUUUGGAUUGUUUCGCGUGAUCAGUUUACUGGGAUUGCUAUUGUUAGUUAGGUUAAUUAUUCCCGGAGUUGUUCAUCUACUGAUCUACUGGAUUAGUUAAUGUAUGACUGUUUGACUGGGCAUGUACAUACACACUGUCUUGGAAUUUGCUGAUGAGAUAACUUGUAAGGAGAACCUACCCACAUGUUUGAAUCUCUGGGCCUCCUGGUUUUGACUUGAACAAAAAGGUCAUCCAUUUCUUCA